AUGGAGGCUAUCGCCGUUGUCGUCGUGCUGGGGAGUAUCCCUUCCCUGCGUCGACUGAUCGCCUCGAAACGCAGGCGCAAACAGAGCCUUUACGACGAUGCUGACGGCGUGGCCAGCGAUGCUUCCUUGGAGGCUUUUUCCAACCGUCGCUCCUUUACGGCUCUCUUCCUGUUUGCCUCACUUGGACUAGGACUUGUGUUGACCGUCUCUCGUCGACCAGACGUCUAUCGCGAUGGGAAAGUCGUCGACCAGGAGAUGACCGGGUCUCUGUUCUCGCGCUGGUCUCUUAACUGGGUCGAGGCAGUGCGACAGGCGGGAGACAAGGAGACUCUCGAGACGACCGAUUUUCCAGCUCUGCCGACGGAGGUCUGUACACAGCAUGGCACGGAGGCAUUCGACGACAUCAUCCUCAACGACAGCCUGCCGCUCUGGAUGCGACUGACGUGGCAGUUCCGUAAACCGCUCCUGGUCCAGUGGGGGUCGAUCCUGAUCACCAACUUCUUCGACGUGGCGCCGUCGUUUGCAGCACUGCAGCUUCUGCGCCAUCUAGAGGCCCGGGGCGACAAUCUGGAUGCGCCGGACCCCGAUGCGUGGAAAUACGUGCUUGCCAUCCUUGCGGCGGAGUUAAGUUCGCAGCUGGGCGACUCGCGAGUCAACUGGUGGGAGAUUGGUACCAUUGUUGUUCCUUUGCGCUCCACCCUGGCCGGGGUGAUGUACAGGAAGUUGCUCCGGAGGAGUCUGCACACGGACGAUAGUCAUCAUCACGAUGACAACCACCAGGAUACUGAUGAGUCGGAGGAAAAGGAAGAGAAAAACGCCGAAGAUGUGGUGAACAUGUUUGCGGUGGACUGCGAGCAGAUUGCAGAGUUCGCGGCCAUGACUGCGCAGUAUGUGAACACCGCAGGCAAAUUCGCCGUCACGUCCGUCUUCCUCUUCUUCCUGAUGGGCUGGGAGAGUCUCUGCGCCGGUCUCUUGGGCAUCGUCCUCCUGUUCCCCAUCAACCGGGCCCUCUCGUCGCGAUACGGCAAGAAGCAGACCGAACUCAUGAAGAUCCGCGACCACCGCACCGCCGUGACCACCGAGGCCCUCCAUGGGAUCCGCCAGAUCAAAUUCUCCGCCAGCGAGGAUCAGUGGGCGCGUCGUCUGGGUGAGAUUCGCGAUCGCGAACUGCACGUUCUUUGGAAAACCCGGCUAGAUAGUCUGUACAUGACCAUCGCGUCCGAGUUCACGCCCAUCGCCUUGACGGCGUUGAGUCUCUCCACGUAUGCGUACAUUCACGGUGAACUCGGGCCUGCAGUCGCCUUCACAGCUAUCAGUCUCGUCCUGCAGCUCGAGGGAGUCGUCUCGCAUGUCCCAUACCUGCUUGUGAUGCUCAUGGACGCCAAAGUCAGCUGUGAGCGAAUCGACCGUUUCCUGCGUGCCGAGGAGAAGCCCGUCUCAACCCAUCCAGGGCCGUCGGUUGCCUUCCACGACGCCACCAUUGCCUUUCCCAGCUCGAACAAGGACCGGCAGUUCACCCUGGCCGGUCUCAAUCUGACCUUUCCCGCUGGAGCCUUGAGCGUGAUUUCCGGGCCGACGGGAAGCGGCAAAUCCCUGCUCUUAGCCGCCAUCCUGGGCGAAGCUAAAGUGUUACAGGGGGCAAUCCAUGUCCCGUCCAGCGCCACCGGUCUGGCAUUUGUCUCCCAGAGUCCCUGGCUGGAGAACGCCAGUGUGCGCGACAACAUCCUGUUCGGUCUGCCCUUUGACGCCCUCCGCUACAGCAAAGCCAUCGCCGCGUGUGCGUUGACAGCAGAUCUGUCCAACUUGCCGGACCGCGACGAGACGCUGGUGGGCCCGCAGGGGGUUGCAUUGAGCGGAGGGCAGAAGUGGCGCGUCACCCUUGCCAGGGCGUUGUAUUCGCGUGCGGGGAUCCUCGUCCUGGAUGAUGUGUUUUCCGCCCUCGACGCACACGUCGGCAGACAUGUGUUGGAACAGGCCAUCCACGGGGAUCUCGCUCAGGGGCGGACGCGGAUCCUCGCCACGCACCAUGCUGCCAUGGUUCAGGCGGCGUAUUCGGUCCGUCUGGCUGGCGGGGUGGUGGAAUACGCUGGCGACGAGGUGGCUACUGUAGACAGCGAUGGGGAGCAGAACCCGGGCGAGAUGGAAACAUUCCAAGAAAAUGAAAAGGCCGAAGGCGACGUUGAAGGGCGCGAGACGGGCCGUGUCUCGACAGAGGUGUACAAGGGAUAUCUCUCUGCUUCGGGGGGAUGGUCCCUCUGGACGAUGCUUGUCCUUUGCUUUGCCCUGUCGGAGGCGUUUAUCGUCGGGAGAACGUACUGGGUGAAGAUCUGGUCUGGACAGAAGGAGAUGACCAUCUCGUCUGGACCUCAUCUUCCCGAUUUCAUUAUACAAUCGGCUCAGUCGAUCCAAUCGGCCUCACCGAAUCACUCGCUAUGGUACUAUCUCGGCAUCUACUGCUUGAUCUCGAGUGUGUCUGUGAUAAUCACGCUCGGCCGACUACUCCUAGUCUACACGGCGUCGAUCAAAGCAUCGCGCAAUCUGUUCACUUCCAUGCUGCACACGGUCUUACACACCCCGCUACGAUGGCUGGAUACGAUCCCCCCCGGUCGCAUCUUGAACCGGUUCACGGCCGACUUCCGCCUGCUGGACUCCUCCCUUGCCGAGGACUUUUACCAGUUGGCCGGGAUUGGAUGGUCGCUCGCCGGGAUCAUGAUCUCCGCCGUGUUUGUGUCGUGGAUCAUGGCCGUCGUCGCCGCCGUGUUAUUGCUCAUCUCUGCCCUAAUCGCCCGACAGUAUCUGACAGCCGCGCGGUCCAUCAAGAGACUAGAAGCGACGAGUAAAUCACCUGUGAUAUCCCAUUUCUCAACCUCCCUGCGUGGACUGGCCACGAUCCGUGCAUUCGACAUGGGCGCCUUGUUCAUCUCCCGCAUGGACGCCCUGAUCGAUACCUACGCCGCUUGUACCUGGUAUGACGGGCUGCUCCGCGGCUGGCUGCUGCUCCGGGUGGGAAUCACCGCCAUGUUUCUGUCUGUCGCCGUCGCGAUCUGCGUAGUGAGCAUGCCCGGGGUGGACGCCAGCCUGGCCGGGUUUGCGCUCUCGUUCGCCUUGAACUUUAGCUUCUCGGUUGCGUGGAUGAUCCGCACAGCCACAGAGGUGGAAUUGGAUAUGAACGCCGCCGAGCGGAUCAUCGAGUAUCGCGAUCUCGUAACCGAACCGGCGGGCGGCGAUGUCGUGCGUGCCAGUUGGCCGGAACACGGACGCGUCGAGGUCUCAGACCUAGAGGUUGGAUAUGCAGACGGGCUGCCGUCUAUCCUGAAGGGAUUGAGCUUUACCGUUGAACCGAACCAACGGAUCGGCGUUGUAGGGAGGACAGGGGCAGGCAAAUCGACUCUUUCUCUCGCGCUGUUUCGCUUCCUGGAAGCCCGCCAAGGCCGCAUCACGAUCGACGGGAUGGACAUCUCACGGCUGCGGCUCGACGAUCUGCGCACUCGCCUGGCGAUCAUCCCGCAGGACCCCGUGCUCUUCUCAGGCACGAUCCGGUCGAAUCUAGACCCGUUGGAGCGGUUCAGCGACGAGGAGGUGCGCGAUGCCUUGGAACGGGUACACCUGCCUGCGUCUUCCACGGCAGCAGGCGCCUCGCUGUCCCUCACCUCGCCCAUCGCCUCGGGGGGCAACAACCUCUCGCAAGGACAGAAACAGCUGCUCUGUCUUGCCCGAGCGAUCCUCACCCGGCCGAAGAUCCUGGUGCUGGACGAGGCAACAUCUGCCGUGGACAGCGCCACUGACAGGCUCAUCCAGCAGUCCAUCCGCGAGAGCUUCACGGAGACAACGCUGUUGGUGGUCGCGCACCGGCUGAGCACGGUGGCGGACUUUGACCGCAUCCUGGUGCUCCAGGACGGGGUUGCGGCGGAGUUUGGCCGGCCGGACGAGUUGAUAGCCGCGGGGGGGGUUUUUGCCUCCAUGUGGGACAAGAAUUAG